UUCUUGGAGCACUAUUCAUUCAUCAAUGCGGCCUACGGGUUCCCGAUAUUGCACGAGAGACAAUUCAUUCGCAACACCAAUGACAAGCCACCCAAAGAAAACGUCACUAUUCCCAGGAUGCACCAGUAUCAGAUAGAGAACUACGUGGCGUCGUACAUAAUUCUCGCUGUCGGGCUUGUUUUACUGAUAGUCAACACGAGAUCCGGAGACACUUUCACACCGGAUGCAUUCACCGGACUUCCGGUCAUUCUCCAGACCAAGUCCCAGCAAUUGAAGCGGAAACCUUCGGCCGUUUUGCACUUGAACUCGUUUGCAAAUAUCACGGGGAAUGACUUUGCUGUCAACUCGUUUGCGCCCUGGUUUUUCGUCUCAUGCGACCCGGAAGUUCCUUCGAAUUUUUUUGGGAGAGUCGAUAACAGUUCAAUCGGAAAGCCAACACGGGCAACUGCUGAAAAAUCAUCAGGUCGAGCAGCAGUCAGAGAACUUUGCCGAAAGAUGCUGGUGGACUGUUUUUGGUAUCGUGGUAAAAACCGCGUUUCUGCAGUAACGAUGUCAAGGGACUCGGAUGAUGGAUGCCCGGUGAUGGAAAACUUCAGGAACCUGACGGGUCACACCCUGGUUGGCCUGUCCAUCGUAGGUUCCAUCCCGAAAUUACCCAAUUCCCUCUACGAACUGGACGUGUACUCGAUGGACACGGCUUGUGACUACUUGAAAUGCAACGUGGAGAUGAAACCCGUGCUUCGGGAUGGCUUCGGAACUGAGCUGAAGAACAAGACCUGGACUGGACUCAUGGGCGACUUGCAAAACGGGCCGGAUAAUUACGUGGGGGUCAUGGUGCCGACUUCUUACCGGACUGUCGUCGUGGACUUCACCACUGGAGCCCUGAGAUUGAUCAAAUAUUCAGUCAUGGUCCAGCCAUUUGAUUGGUACACCUGGUUACUGAUAAUAGGUGGGACUUUGAUAACAGCAGUGUUCCUUGGAUUGCUGGCUGCCAUCAAUGCAGAUGAUGAAAGACCUUCUUUGGGAAAACUGAAGCAAUACCUGUUGAAAUCAGUCCCUGAUACAAUCAGAGGCUUAGUCCUGCAGAACCCCGAAGAGGAGCUGUCUUCGAGCGACCAUUUCCGUGUCGGGAGCCUCGGGUUCCAGCUGGUCCCUGAUACAAUCAGAGGCUUAGUCCUGCAGAACCCCGAAGAGGAGCUGUCUUCGAGCGACCAUUUCCGUGUCGGAAGCCUCGGGUUCCAGCUGGGUACCAUCGUGGUCACAGUGGCCUACAGCAGCAUGUUGACUGCGCUGAUCGCGUUGCCGGAUUACGAACGAUCCAUCGAUGAUUUAGACGAUGUGGUAGCCCUGAAAGCCACGGUUCAUUUGCAUAUCUUUGGUGGAGCCACGAACACUAGGGUUCAGGAGGACCUGAAUGCACUGACGGGUUCGGGUGAAGGCGUUCGGUCGGUGUUGGUCCCAGAUAUUCCGUAUCAGACCAUAUUGAAUGGAUUCCAGAACCGAAUAACGUACAUGAACUCCAAUUUGGUUUUGUUCAAGAGAAUCAAUAUUGACGUCACAGCAAACAUCACCGAAGAGUUUUACUACUCCAAGGAGAAAAUGUAUCAACGGUUUUAUUCUUUUGGGUUGAGGAAGAAAUCGCGUUACUGGAGGUUUUUUGAGCAUUUUUCGUUCGUCAACGCUGCCUAUGGGUACCCUCAAUUGCACGCAAGACAAUUUGUGCGCAACACAAAUGACAAACUGCCCAAAGAAAACGUCACUGUACCCAGGCUGAACCAGGAACAGAUAGAGAAUUAUGUGGCAUCAUUCAUAAUUCUUGCUGUCGGAUUCGUUUUGUCAGUUGUUACAUUUAUUGCUGAAAUAUUCUUGGGAUACUUGGAAAAGCGGAGAGGGUUAACGGCGGGACAGAAGUUGUGCCAGUACCCAUUAUCCCGUAGUGCACAUGCGCCCAAAAUGAGAACCAGUCAGGGGAGAACCCGUGCUGGGGGGAAGGGAAGGGAAGAAACUUGUUUCUCUGCUUUCCAUUCUGACAUGAUGGAAUGUGUUUGGAUGAAUGUGGGUGGGGAGGGGAGGGGGGUUGGCCAGUGGAGGAGAGGAGUGAUGGACUUAAACAGAGCUCCUGAUUUGUGCCAAGCAUCCAAAAUCGGCUGUUGGUGGCUUCUGGUGGGGGCAUUAGUUGGCAGCCUCCUGCUAGCUGCCCCUCAUGGAGCAUCUGCAUCCAAGACAACGGAGGUGCGCGGGAAGAUCAAUAUACCUGAUCAGAACCCCGGCGUGCCCCGGCAGUGCUGCAACUCACUUAAGAUGCUCAAGAACAUUCUUGUCCAGUCCAUCAGCAAUCAUGAGGAGAAACCGCUAAUGAAACAUACCCUCGGCGGGGGUUGCCUAUUUAAUAGUUGGAAGAGAUACCCAAGAUGCCGUGAAGCCGCGGUGAAAUCGCAUCCCCGAAAUCCAUUAGAGCUCCUUAUCGCUGCG